CUCGGAGUGCCACGGAAGGCCAAUAAGAAUAUACUCGUCUGCGCCUGUUUUCUAGAAGGCUUAGGUUGUUCUAUCAAAAACCAGCUUCAGGACGCGUACAAUCGCAAGGCAACGAUUUUUACCUGCCGCAAAAAGGUUGGGCAGCAUGCAUAACCAUUUUGAAUCUUGAACUUUCAUGAGUCCUCAGCUGAGCACAACCUCUUGUUUGAGUCCCUUGGAUGAAUAUCCUCCCCCGGGACUUUGGGGGCGAUCUGUUGAUAACACAUCAUGCAUCUCCAAUUGGUCUUGGACAGCAAAGGACCGUUUACCAACCUGGAUGUAAUAUCAGGCCGUGUUCAGCUGCAUGUCUACUCCAACACCACGGUUUCCCACAUAACCGUCAAGCUCGAGGGUGAAUCGAGGACACGGUUGUUGGCACCUCCGCAUCCUGGAAGAAAUGACAGACCUCGACCGAAUCUAGAGAUACACAAGUUGUUGUACAAAGUAGCGACCGUCUUUCCGCCUCCCGACCAGAUCAACCCUGUGGAACCUGGCAUAGGGCCUAAUUUUGUUCUUACACCUGGGUCGUACACGUACCCUUUCUACUUCAAGAUGCCCAUCAACAAUGCCUGUCUGCAAAACCAAACUUUGUCAGCAAAUCUUGGUUUUGCUGGCGGCAUGCUGGAGGUCGCAAAGCCACCCGCUCAGCAUGUCAAGACGACUUUGCCGCCAUCGAUUUACUUCCCUGGGGAGGCUGAGAUUCGGUACUAUCUAAAGUGUACAGUAAACCUGCCUUCCUUCCUGAAGCAAAAUCCACGCGCGUUUAACGCCAUCUCUUUCGUGCCUAUUGAGCCUCCUCGACCCCCUCAAGAUGGGGAGACCUACGCUAGGCGUCAGCACCAGUUUAUCCCCGACACUUUUUCUCCCAUGCUUGGUGAUAGAAAAGGCAGCACAGGCAGUAUUUUCGGGAAAUCGCGCAAGGGCAGUCUACCUGAAUCACCAUCGUCCCCAACCGCAGCAUCAAAAGGGCCUGCGCGCUUCACAGUAGACGCACGACUACCGAAUCCAGCAAUACUCACCUGUGGCGGGGAUGUACCGUUGAGACUUCUCGUCAAACAACUGAGCGAGCGCAACGAAUUGCUGUAUUUGAAGACGCUACAGGUAGAGCUUAUUGGGUUCACGCAGGUGCGAGCGCAUGAUGCAGUGCGUACGGAAAGCAGUGGCUGGGUGCUCGUCAGUCUAGCCAAUAUCAACCGCCCCAUUGGCACAGUUGCUGACGAGAUCGGUACCGAGACGGAGAUCAGCAAGGAUUUCUGGGCCGGACAGAGACUUCCCGACUCCGUACCGCCGUCAUUCAUCACGUGCAAUAUAUCCAGAAAGUAUGAGCUCAAGGUGUCUGUGGGCUUGGCUUAUGGUGGCAUGCAUAGCCGAAACCAGUUUAUCGUUCUGCCAUUAAGUAUCAGCGUCGAAGUCUUCUCCGGAAUCAGACCUCCACCCGAGCUACUCAAACGGACGGAGACGUACCCUCCACGGCGAAAACCCGUACCAAACGAGACAGCAGCCGCAUCUGCUCCCAGCGUCACAAGCGGUCUUCCCGCUCAGUCUGCACCAGGCUACGAGGACGCCCCGCCGUCUUAUGAGGACGCCAUAGCUGAGACCGUACCCCCGGUUGAUGGACCGCGGCCAGGAUACAGACCGCCGCCGGAUACGGGAGGCGAAGAGAGUAGGAUCACGGACAGCAAGAGAUAAAAAUUAAAAGUAAACAUUAUAUAGGUUUUCUCACGCAAAGAGGUAGCCAUGGUGAUGAUUUAUGGGUUAUUAUUUUGGUAGAUGAGGGAAUUCAUGAUAAUCAUUGGCAUGACGACAUGCUCAGCACCACAUAUGCAAUCCGCAACGCUGUGCAUGUACCAUCACAACGGUGACAUAUGUACUGGCCUAAAAUAUGAUACAGAAUAUCGAGCAUGCACGCAGUUCUGAAUAUAGUUUUCUUAAACUCAAAAUCAUAGCUUCAAUGAGUUAUGCAGUCAUGCAUCUUUCUCCAAA